UCCAUAACUAUAUAUACCUGUGUUGGGAAACAAGCAUGUUGUUACAAGCUGUCUCUAUGUUGUAGGUAGUUCAAUAUGGUGAUCCGUGUGGCAGUUAUCGGUGCUGGUCCGGCAGGUCUGUGUGCCAUGCGGCAUCUACUGGCUCGAUCUGAUGUGUUCGAAGGAGUGUGUUUCGAGCAGUGCUCAAAGCUGGGGGGCAUGUGGAUCUACAGGGACAAUGCCCUUGAGGAUGAAAAUGGAGUGCCCAUGUUAGCUUGUGUGUACAAAAACCUCAAAACAAAUAUCCCCAAGGAGAUAAUGGCAUUUCCAGACUUUUCCUUCCCGGAGGGCCUGCCCUCCUUUGUUCCCCAUGAGACGGUGCUGCAGUAUAUACAGGACUAUGCCGAACACUUUAACAUUGCAGGCAGGAUAAAGUUUAAAACUCAAAUUGAGCGGGUCAAUCCAGUCAAGGGAGACAACUCUGAAGCAGUCCGAUGGGAAGUGACCUACAGUGAUGUAGUUCAUAGAGAGAACCGGACAACGGAGUUGUUUGAUGCUGUCAUGGUCUGUAUUGGAAAAUCAAUGAAUCCACGAAUGCCAGACCAGCCUGGCCAGCACCGGUUCGAGGGACAGAUCAUGCACAGCUGUUGUUACCGGGAACCGGAGCCCUUCAGGAACCAGGCGGUUGUCUGUCUUGGUGCACAGAUGUCGGGGCUGGAUCUAGCUGUCGAGAUCAGCAGUGUUGCAGACAAGGUUUUCCUCAGCCAUAACAAAGACAAACUGACAACCGUCCUUCCUGCUAAUGUCAUUGAAGUUCAAGGAAUCAAGUCCUUCAAUUCACACUCGGUUGUUUUCUUGGAUGGUCUGGAACAGCCAGUGGAUUCUGUCAUCUUCUGUACAGGAUAUGAAAAUAGCUACCCCUUUCUCACAGACAACUGCCAUGUCAACCUGCAGUCGGGCAGUAGAGUUACCCCCCUUUACAAACACCUAAUACACACUGAGUUCCCGUCCUUGGCCUUUGUAGGACUUUGUAAGAUGGUGAGUCCCUUCCAGAUCUUCCACCUACAGACUCUUGUAGUGCUGGCUGUGCUGGAGGGGAAGCUGACACUGCCUUCAAAGGAAGAAAUGGAUCAAGACACCGAAAAGGAUUUUCGGGAGCACUUAGCCAGUGGUUUGCCUGUUCAUGAUGCACAUAGUUUGGAUGAUCGCCAGUGGUCUUACAAUGACAAGUUGGCUAAACUGGCAAACUGUCAACGUCUUCCAAGGGUGAUUGAAAAGAUCUGGAAGAAAUAUCAAGCUACGUAUCAUGAAAAUACACUGACUUAUAGAAACAUGAACUUUACUAGAACCAGUGAUGAGUCUUUUGAUAUGGUUUACCAAAAUGACAUCUCAUCGAAUCUUUGACAGUUUGCACUCUUCAGGAGAGGUGGUUUGGACUUUCCAGACUAUCAAGAUCAUAAUUAUUUUUUUUAAUGAUAAUGUUUUAUAUAAACAAUAUUUGGUGAUGGAAGUCUUGUUUAAGUGUUCCAGACCAGAAACCUAACACUUAUGUGACUGUUCACAUCACCUUCCCCACCAAUAAAACACUAACGUGACAGCCCUCCCCACCAGUAAAACACUAACGUGACUGCCCCCCCCACCAAUAAAACACUAACGUGACUGCCCUCCCCACCAAUAAAACACUAACGUGACUGCCCUCCCCACCAAUAAAACACUAACGUGACAGCCCUCCCCACCAAUAAAACACUAAUGUGACUGCCUUCCCCACCAAUAAAACACUAACGUGACUGCCCUCCCCACCAAUAAAACACUAACGUGACUGCCCUCCCCACCAAUAAAACACUAACGUGACAGCCCUCCCCACCAAUAAAACACUAACUUGACUGCCCUCCCCACCAAUAAAACACUAAUGUGACUGUGCCUCCUACUCAUCAAAAAAUGAUUUGUGCCCUCUCCACAAAUGAAAAACCCUAUUGAAACACUAAUGUGAUUGUGCUUUCCCCACCAAUGAAAAACUACUGCGACCGCACCCUCCCGCACAUCAGACACUGCCCUCCCACAUGAAAUAUGCCCACAUAACCAACAAGCAAAGGAUAGUUGAAACAUUUUGACUUGUGAGCAGAACCUCCUGCCCAUGAGAUUACAAUCUCAUUAAAAUCAGAUCUAAGUUCUCGCUGCCGCUAAACAAAGAUCUGAGGACAUCCCUUUGCAGGUCACAUCAGAACGACCUUUUGCGAACUUUGACCGACCACUGAAAUGAACAAGAAGUCGACAUCACCCAAUUAGAAAGCAGCUUUCUCGAGCUUAAAGGCACUCGUUUCAACCUGGCGACCUCCAUUUCAGUCUAUGCUUGAAAAAUAUGUUGACACAGUUCUCAAUUAAGAUUUUGAUGACUUAACAAACGAACAUUCCGGAAUGUCUAAUAUAUGUUAGAGAUUGCAUGGCAGUGCUUCCCAUGUACUGUGCAACGUCUCCUCCGUUCAAAUGUUUUUCCCACGGAAACGUGAGAGAUAGACGAUAGUUUUGACGGAAUCAGUCGUUCUGGCCGAAACUGUCGUUCGGAAUACCCUGUGUUAACGUUUUUGAGGUUGCAUGAUUAGAUAACACAUUCCAACUGUCACUUUCAUGAUCUGGUAAGCGAUGCUUUGAUUGGUCGGAUGAAAGGUUGUUCUGAUGUUGCCCGUAAUGGGAUGACCUCAUAUCUUUGUUUAGCGAUAGCGAGAACUAAGAUCCGAUUUUAAUGAGAUUGCACAUCAUAAAGACACGCCCACUAUGUGUGCAGCAGGAGAGGAGUCAUUCUGUUGUCGAUACUGAAAGUCUUUUAGACUGCAAGGAGUAGCCCUUGUCACCCACUUGGCAAGAGCCAGAUGGAGUGGCCCAUGUCACUAAACAGUGAACAAAACCUGUGAAGUGAAGAUGGAUCUUAAUAGUACUUAACUUUUCUUUAUUCAUAUAUUUGGAAAACAAUUUUCAUAUAUCUGUAUGUACACAUGGAAAAUUGUGAGGCACCAUUCUUUGUCAUAUCCUGAACUUUGAUGUUUCUGUUGAAAAUAUCUAUUUACUGGUAUGGCAUUAAUCUCAUUUUGAUAACUGGACAGUUGUAGUCGAAAGGACACUUCUAAAAUUUCUGUCUCUUUCAAAUUGCUGUACAGGUCUAUUAAAUGGGGUAUCAACAUUGCCACACACUUCAGUACUGACUUGCUGUGUGUGUAUUAGUUCGCUGGAGUGAGAAGAAACAUCAGACCUGAAUUUGUUUGUUCACUCAGCCGGGUUAAAGCGACGAUAUUUAAUCAGGAGCAUGCAGACCUUUUCCGAAGUAUGCACAAAUCUUUAUUCAAGAAUAAAGUGUUUAAAUGAUCA